AUGAGUGAGCAGUCAUAUUUCUUUUAUUUGCCACCUGGUAUCCUUAAAGUUGAGCAAAUUCAAACACUUUUAUUUAAUCCAAAUCCAGACAUCCAGUUUACUGGCGGAACAAUUGAAGUAAAUGGAGUUUCAAACCAAUUAAAAGAACCAACAACAAGUAGAGGGCUUUGGUUUUGGCGUGUUUAUGACUACCCUAUGUUGUCAACUCUAAAUUGCUCGAAAUUAUCAAUAGAUCUCAAUGGAUAUCAAAAAUUUGAGUAUGACCUUGACGAAUUAACAUUUAUUUCUCAAACGGAAGAGAAAAUAAGAAAAGAAAACUUGUCAAAUUCAUUUAUUUUUGAAUUUAAAGCAGGUUUCUUUGUUAAAAACGGAGAUGCAACAAAGAAAACAAUUUCCAUUGACAAACUCAAUAUUUUACACUAUCAGAAAAGAAUGGCUUACGAAAAAGCAUGCGAGCAAAACCAAACCAACACACAGCGAUUUGAAGCUCUCUGUUCUGAAGGUUUUAACGAAUUUUUCGACCAAUUUACACAAUUCAACGAAAAAAGAAGUCGAAACAGGAUAAUAACAUACGAGAAGAAAGUCAAAGAGCUAGAAGAUUAUCCAGUUUCUCCAUUUUUAGAUCCCGAUGCCAAAAUUAACGAUGAAGUAAGAGAAAAGAAGGCAGAAUCAACAGAAAAAUGUCUUUUAGACAACGUACCUCCAAAACCAGAUUUCGUUCCAAAUAAUAUCGAUUUUACUCCUUCUCAAGCUGAUAUAAAGCAAUUCCUAGCUGAUUUGAAUCCACUAUUCCAAUUAGAAGAAGACAAACAGCUGUUUUGCAACAUAAAAAUUGACGAUCCAGAUAUUCAAUCCCAAAAAAUGUUCUGCUUCAAUUUGGGACAUUUCCUUGUCUUGUUUUCAGCAUUUACAGGAAUAUCAUUCGAUUACCGCAUAUCAAUGUUCGAAGGAGCAUGGAAAAUCGAAGAUAGAUUUACAGGUUUGGAAAUUAAGAAGGAUACUAUCACUAAAGCUAAUCCUAUUGACAAUCCAUACAGAAAUGCUCUCAUUUCUUGUCUUAUUAAGCUUUGUACUGAACUUAAAAUACCAAAGUCAAGUUCAGUCGCCAAAAUGAUCGGUGACCUCCAAAAGUAUUACACUCAGCUAUAA